GGUGCUGAGGCGACCGUCACCCGGAACUCAGGUGGAAUCUGACCUCCUGGUUAAAUCUAACAUUGAGGAAAUGUACCUUAAUAUCCUUGUCGUGUUUUCUUGAACACGUCCAAUGUGAAACAGCGCAUGUGGAGACCUGUGUCUCAUGUAUACAGCUGUAUACAUUUUUUUCGCGGUGGGACGCUGUGUCUCUGCACUAUAUCCAAGAAACACACUUCCGUAAGUGACCAUCGCAGACGGAGGAGCUCCGCUUGAGAUCCGGGAGAGGAGCUAUCAGCGGAGAAGAGGCCGGCAGGGCGAGGGUGGUAGCGGUAAAGAGGCGAUCUGUGAACCUUGGAGCUCCGCUAGCAAUCCACCAUUAAAAAGGGCUCCAGCAACAAACGAUGGCGACAGUGAACGACUCGCACCAGCAGCAGUCGUGGAAGGACGCGGCGGACCAGAACUUCGACUACAUGUUCAAGCUGCUGAUCAUCGGGAACAGCAGCGUGGGCAAGACCAGCUUCCUGUUCCGCUAUGCCGACAACUCCUUCACCUCGGCCUUCGUCAGCACUGUGGGCAUCGACUUCAAGGUCAAGACAGUGUACCGCAAUGAGAAGCGGGUCAAGCUGCAGAUCUGGGACACAGCAGGACAGGAGCGAUACCGGACCAUCACCACAGCCUAUUACAGAGGAGCUAUGGGCUUCCUGCUCAUGUAUGACAUCACCAACCAAGACUCCUUCAGCGCUGUGCAGGACUGGGCAACCCAGAUAAAGACGUACUCAUGGGACAACGCCCAGGUGAUCCUGGUGGGAAACAAGUGUGACCUGGAGGACGACAGGUUGGUCCCCACGGAGGACGGCCGGCGGCUGGCGGACGAGUUAGGUUUCCAGUUUUUUGAGGCCAGUGCCAAAGACAACAUCAAUGUAAAGCAGGUGUUCGAACGACUGGUGGACAUCAUCUGUGAGAAGAUGAACGAGAGCAUGGACGGCGAACCCAGCCCCAUCGCCAAUCACCGUGGCCCCGGCCUGCCAAGCGCCCCCCCCGAAAACCAAGGAGGGUGCUCCUGCUAACCCGCCUGCCCCCAAUGCCACCCUGCCCCCCCUUCCUUUCCCACUGGCCCAGAUGACCCUCCACACCCAUGUGCAAUCUCCUGAGACAGCCAACUCUUUCCUGCCUGCCCCUGCUCCACCUCAGCCAGCGCUCAGCUGCUCCCUCUAGUGGCCAGACAUCCUCAGUGCGCCGCUUUCAUGGUCACUGCACCUCCAGCAUCAUUGUCUGAAGUUUCUUAAAGAUUACCUUAACUGGAAUAGCUCCCCUUGAAAUCAACCCCUGCCCCCUCCCACCCAGUCUCUAACCAUGUUUGAUCAGUCAUGGGGGAAUGACAUCACCAGCGCUGAAUCAUCACGUUCCUGGAUCCAUUCUCCUUCAGUGCCAUCAUCCUGGUUCAAUGUCCUGUUUCUCCAUGUUGCUACUUCACAUUAAAGACUCUUAAGUGGAAAAAUACCCACUUAUUCUGCUACUGUUAUUCACCACAGUUUUUCCCAUAUAAGGAAACUUUUAAAAUAGCUUUCAGUUUUACUUUAAUGGUGUUCCCACCUAAACUGCCCCUCCACACCCAGGAAAACACAUAAGCAAAGUCAGCUCUACUAGGCAACCUUAUACAACCAUUUAUAUAAUACAUAAUGAAUGCUGAGUGUUCAGUUGGUUAGGAAAAACACAUUUGGUAUUUGAAUGAGUUACAGCAUAUAUCUGUUAAAGGACUGCCUUCCCGUCUUAAGAUCUCUCGUCUCUCUGAAAACUCUUUCAUCCAUGGCACUGGUGAGCAGCUGGAAGAUGCUGCAUGAAUCUUGAUAGUUUCCUGUGUGGAUACUGCAGUGUCGGGAGGCAGCGGAAGAUCAGUCUGUAGUUGUGGGUCCCUGGCUGCUGUAAAACAGUGAAAUAUGGCUACAAAACAUUUUCAUGAUAAAUCAUUCUUAGGCGAGGUGGCCUUAGAUGGAAUUUUAAUUCUAGAAGGUUGUAUAUCCGAGGGUGGUGUGUUGAUGGUGGGUAUACUAUAUGCAAUAGAUUUUACAAGUAUUUUUCACACCAGGACUCCGUGCUGGUUAAAGAGUUGGAGACUGGAUGGAUGGAUAGAUGGAGGUAUAUUGUUUAUAAAAGGUCUUCACUAGGAACACAACUCUGUCAGAUUGCGGAUUCCGGUUAUCUCGCGGAUGGCAGGUGAAUCGAUCGUAAAUAACAUUCUUACAGCCUGUACUGAACCGAGAAUUUUGCUGAUUUGUUUAGCGAGGGAUGAAGAGGAAGAUCCGCCUCACUGUCUAAUCGUCCUCUCUCUCUGUGCCCGUCUCCCACGCACUGCUGCCCUGUGGAGAGCUCACCUCCCUCACUGUGCUCUGGUAGCGUGUCGCAGUGUGGCACUCUGCUGCCGGCUGAUAAACUCCCCAAAAUAUUCCAUUUGCCAGGGAGCAUCGGUUGGCUUUAUCGACCCUGACAGUGUUUUGGUGGGUCCCUCUCUUCUCUAGGUGAAGGACAUUGUUUUUUUUUGCCCCCCAAGUGCCACCAUAGUUGCCUAGCAGACCCAUGGGAUGUUAUAUAUGACAGUGGCACUUAAGAAACUCUGUGCCACCAAUCGCAUUGACAGUAGUGAGACUCGAGAAAGAAGAACCGGCAUCACUGUUAAGCCGAACACACCAAAUGUGUCCUAUGUGUCUAUAUGUCUGUGCGCUCUCUGCUGUGACCUUUCUUGCAUCACACCUGUAAAUGUCACAGUUACAGGCUCUGCCUGCUACACCUUGGCGGAAAUUCCAGUUGAAAUCAACUGUCCAAUGGCAUGAAUCUGCAUAAUUGCUCAGUGUAUCAACAGUAGAUUACCAGUAGUACACAGAGUUUUUCUACAAUAAACCAAUAGACUAUUUAAGUUACCCAAAAGACCAAGAAUUUUACUGGAAUUUCCUCUAUAGGAUAGAUACAUUAACUGCUGUAGGGUGGCAGUACUGCAUGUUGGUACAAAUGAAAAUGUUACAAAUAUGAAGGCAGACCUUAUCAAUACAGCCCAGAAAUUUAUGUCAAAUGUAGUUCCUUGGAUAAAGACCACUUAGAGUUUCCUGACACAUCUGUCCAUUUUAUUGCUUUAAUUUUUUCAUUUUUUUUUUUAAUGGAAAUAUCCCAAAGAUAACAUCAAUAAAGAGUUCUUGACAGAUGCGUUGCCCCAAAUGAAGACCUUGUAGGAUUCGAGUAAGAAGUUAUUAUUAUUAUUAUUAUUGGUGGGUUAUACAGGUUUUGCUAUUCUAAACAUUUGGAUACUAUAUUCUGUUGUGCAACCGAAAGAUCAUGCUUGAGUUUUGAACAGGCACCUGUUUGGUCAUCCCCAUAACCGCUGCAUGUCCUGCUGUCCUCCAGCCCCUGUGUGUGCUGCUGCUGUCACUGUAAAAGAAAAUGGGGACUUCUCUCAGAAUCCUGUCCUCCGACCUCCUCAGCCCUGUAACGAUACAGCCUUCUUGAUCACAGGUCCAAACACUGCUCUCAAGAAAUCUGCUGUGUACGGAGACAUGUGUGUACGGAGGCAUGUGUGUUCAGCGGCGGCCCCGUGUGUCCCGGGGCAUCAGAGCAUGUUUUCCUGUUUCUUUUGUUUGGGAAUGCCAAAAAUUAAACAGGGGAAAAUGACAACAGUGACAUUGUUUUUUGUUUGACUGCAAGACGUGCCUGUUUCCUCACCUAGUAUGAAAGGAAAUAAUGUAAAAUGACAUAUAUAGACCUAUUUCUUUAAGAAUAAAUGUUGCAUUCACCAUGAAA